AGUACUCGAGCCGCUCUGCCGCAUCUCAGCAGCUUUUUUUGGAUGUGAAAACAUGUUAUAGCGCGAUUUUCCGUUUGUGUUUUUUUUUUCAUUUUAUUCGAAAACGAUAUAGGUGUGUAGGCACGUGUUUACGUAUACGUGGUGUUAUUACGUGGAUGAAUUGGCAUUGAGUGACGACAGACGAAAUGGCAUCGUCGAAAGAUAAUCCAGGAGAAAUACUCGUAGCGUGGCAAAGUUAUAAAGCUAAAGGUGACGAUGAACUUACUCUUCAAGAAGGAGAUGUCGUCGAACUUUUGGAUACUACGGAUCCUGCAGGACCCACCAUAAAACGAAUGAAAAUGGAUCCCAAUUUAGAUGUAUCUGGCGAACAAUUAUUAGAUGCUUCUGCUGCGAAACACAAGCUUUCGGUUAAACCUAGAAGAACGCAUACUAGUUCAAGACAUUCCCCUACAAGAACAAACUUAAACGCCAGAUGGUUAGUAAAGAAGAUGCAAGGAGAUAAGAAAAAAGGUUGGGUCCCUUGCCAAAUUCUUCAAUCAGCAGAUGAACCAACACCAGGAUCCGGAACACCUGGAGAUGCGGCAUUCCGACGACAAGCUGUUGUAAGCGAGUUGGUGGAGACUGAACAAGAAUUUGUGCGCGACGUAGAUUUCGUCGUCCAAAAUUACUUGAUCAAUCCCGAACGUGAUCCGAAGAAAGUGCCAAAAGUUGUUAGAGAUAAUAUGGAAAUGGUAUUUGGAACUUUAAGGGAAAUAGGAGAAUUCCACAGAGUGGUUUUAAUGGAAGGUGUUAAGUAUUAUGCUAACGAACCAGCUUUACUUGGAAAAGCAUUUUUGAGAUUGGAACGAGAUUUUGAUAAGCACGUAAAUUAUUGUAUGGAGGAACCGAUUGCUCAAGCUUUUCUGGAUACAAAUUCUCAAGCAAGAGAUUAUUUUGAUGAGCUGUCACAUCGACUUGGUGACGACAAGAGCUUCGCCGAGCACCUGAAGCUUCCGAUUCAACGCAUAAACGACUAUCAGCUUCUCUUAAAGGAGUUGGUAAGAUAUAGUGCUUGUCUAGGAGAAGACAGCAGCGAUCUCCAAAAGGCUUUAGAGUUGAUGCUAAGUGUCCCUCACAGGGCACAAGACGAUAAGUUCACAAAUAGCAUCGAAGGUUAUCGUGGAAGUAUCCAUAAACUUGGUAGACUUUUAGCACACGAUUGGUUCUCCGUAAAUUUAGGGGAUUUAGUAAAAGAACGCUAUCUCUUCCUAUUCAAGGCCCGCAUCUUAAUCUGCAAGGUCAGAAGGAUAUCAGACGAACGUUCUGUAUUCCAACUGAAGGAUAUUAUUAGGUUACCACAAGUAGACCUCAAAGAUCAUCAGGACGAUAAGCGAUCUUUUGAAUUAAUCGAGAAGACUACCAAUAGUUCUUUGCUAUUAACAGCUCAUAGGGAAAACGUUAAAGAAUUUUGGUUGAAGGAAAUUAGAGAGUUUGCUGGAGAAGCUGACGAAAGUGGAAGUGACGAUAUUCAAAUAACUUCGGAACCCACUUCUCCACCGACAGAACCCGAAAUUAAAUUAGAAGUUGCAAAACCAAAAGUUGAAGAAAAACCUAAAGAACAACCUAAACCUAAUCCACCACCUAAAGUUGAAGAAAAACCUAAAGAACAACCUAAACCCAAUCCACCGCCUAAAGUUGAAGAAAAACCCAAAGAACAACCUAAACCUAAUCCACCACCGAAAGUUGAAGAACAACCUAAACCUAAUCCACCACCAAAAGUCGAAGAAAAACCUAAAGAACAACCUAAUCCACCACCGAAAGUUGAAGAACAACCUAAACCUAAUCCAUCACCGAAAGUUGAAGAACAACCUAAACCUAAUCCACCACCUAAAGUUGACGAGAAACCUAAAGAACAACCUAAACCUAGUCCACCACCAAAAGUUGAAGAAAAACCAACACCUCCACCUAAAGAAGCACCAAAGACUAACCCUGCGCCGAAGGAGGAACCCCCAAAACCACCAAAAGUAGAGGAAAAACUUGUUCCAUCUAAUCCUAAACCGGAACAAACAAUUAUAGUUACUCCACCAACUCCCAAAACAGAAGAAGUUCAUCUAGAAGUUAGCAGGAACGUUUUGGAGGUACAAAGGGAACAAACAACUGUUGUGACCCAACAAACCGAGUCAUAUAGCAUUCAAAGAAGCCACUCGAAAACACAGGUUAUUGUUAACGCUAAGGGACACAAAGUUUUAGCUGAAGUAGAUCCUUCUUAUAAGAUUGGAGUUCAGGUUGAUAUUGCUACAGAAGGAUUAGCUAUCGAUGACGAUAUGAGUCGAAAAUAUACUGAGUACACGUCGAGUGCUUCGGCUAGAUCAGGCGGUUACGAAGAAGCACAUAGCCGUCGUACAUCAUCAAGAUCGUCGUAUGCUACUGAAGGAUUAAAUUCAAAAUAUGGUUUAGAAGGGAAUAAAUACGAAUCAUCAUCUCUCACCAGUAAAUACAGUUCAGACUUAGGAGGAAAAUACUCUUCUGAUGCCCUAAGCAAAUAUGGCACCGAUUCAUCAAAAUACGGUGAAAUUACAACAAAAUAUGGAAAAUCUGAUGAUGGAAAUUCAAGAUACGGCGAAAUUACUACAACGAGAUACGGUAAAUCUGAUGAUGGAAGCUCAAAAUAUGGUGAGAUGACUUAUUCUAGAAGGACUGCAACCGAUUCUGGGGAUGGUGAUGCUUAUUCCUCUUCUUACACGAGGAGAUCUAUUAGAGCUGAAGGAAGAACGGAAACCGACGAUGAUGGUGAUCGAUAUUCAAGAAAAUCAAUGAGAUCUUUAGAUCGAUCCGGAGGUCUCGAAGAACAAUAUUCUUAUCGAAAAUCUUCGCGUUCGAUUGAUCGCAGCGACGAUGACGAUUCUUAUCGAAAAUCCAUAAGGAGCGUUGAAAGAAAAACCAUUACAAGCGCUGACGAUGACAGCUUUUCGACAUCGAGGAGGAGAACGAAAAAAGUUGACGACGAUUUCGAUAUCGACGAGUACAUUUCAAAGCAAAAAUCUAUCGAUGAAGACUUAGACCCUUCUGCUUAUCUCUCCAAAAGAAGAAGCAUUAAAAGCGAGGAUACUGAAGAUAGUUAUUCCGCAAGAAAAUUAAGGAGGGAAGAAUCUAUUAAGGAAGAAAGUGACUACAAGAAAUUAGGUUCUGUGGAAGAAGAUAGAUUAGCACGCUUUGAAAAGUAUUCGAGACGAUCCUCAGAACUUGCUGAGAAAAUUGAUACAAAAAGUUAUGACAAAAAAGAUGUUAGUGGUCAAGCUGAUCGUGAAUUUGUGCGUUCAGUAGAAAGAGAAACUACUCACAUGGACGCUAUAUCACUACAAAUGAAAGCGAAGAAAGAUAUAACAGCACCGCCCGAAGAACGCCCCUUAUUUACAAAAACACUGAGUGGUCACAGUGUUGAACCUGGCUGCAGACUUUAUUUAGAAGUAGCUUUAGCAGAAACUCCCGAUAGCGUAAUUUUCUUAAAAGAUUACGAUGCCAUUCAUUUCCAAGAUAAGCGUUUCAUUGUAACAUCACGGGAAGAACAUACAAUCUGGCGAUUAGAAAUUAAAGAUACCGUCGAAAAAGACAGUGGUUUAUAUACGGCUGUUGCUACUAAUGCUAAAGGAAAAUCUACUUGUUCUACAAGAAUUUUCAUUCAUAGACCAACCGAAGAAGAAUUGCAUAAACCACACUUUGAAGUUCAACUAAGGGAUACUGAACUCCUUGAAGAUACUUAUCUUCGUUUCAUGAUCAAAGUCAAAGGUGAUCCUCACCCAGAAGUCACUUUCUUUAAAGAUAAUGUUAAAAUUUCUGAUACCAAUGAAAGAAUACGUGCAAUCAAAGAUCUUGAACAAACUGGUUAUUACGAGUUGGUUAUUCCUGAAGUAAAAGGUUCUGACGCUGGUAAUUACAGAUGUGUCGCUGUUAAUAAUUAUGGUGAAGCAAGUUGUGAAGCAAAACUUACUGUAACAGAGACUAAACGAGUCUUUGAUGAUGUUAUUGAUAAAGAAGGAAUUCUUCCGCCUGGAGAAAAACCCAGUUUUGCAUGGAGGAAAGAUGGCAAAGAAUUUGACCCAGAAGAACGUUUCAAAGUACUUAUGGGAGAUGAUGAAGAUUCUUUAGCUCUCAUUUUCCAGCACGUAAGACCUGAAGAUGCUGGUUUAUACACUUGUGUUGCUCAAACAACAACUGGUCAUAUUAGUUGUAGCGCAGAACUUACAGUUCAAGGUCAAAUUGUUGAAUUACAUCGCGAACCAGAAAAACCAUCAUUAGUUAUUGAACACCGUGAAGCAUUAGCUGUAGCAGGUGGUCAAGCAAUGUUGGAGUUGCAAGUAAAAGGUUUCCCUAAACCAAAAGUGAAGUUAUCUCACGAAGGAAAACCAGUUGAAGCAGGAAAUAAGGUUAAGUUCUUAUACGAAGACGAAGAAAGUUUAUCGGUGGUUAUUAAGAAUGUUCAAGCUGCUGAUGCUGGAAAGUACGAAAUUACAGCUGAGAAUGAAUUGGGUCAAGACAUCCGCGAGAUGGUUCUUACCGUCCAAGCUCCACCAAGCUUUAAAUCUAAAGUUGAAGAUAUUUCAAUAGCUGUUGAUCAAACAUUGAAAAUGUCAGUCCAAGUUGAUGGUAUUCCAAAACCAACCAUACAAUUUUAUAAGGAUGGAAAAGAAAUUAAAUCAACCGGUCGAUCUAAGAUUACGGAAGAAGGAGAUACUCAUACUUUAAUAGUUGAAAAAACCGUACUUAGUGAUUCUGGUUCUUACUCAGUUGUUGCUAGUAACAGCGUUGCUCAAGUUUCCAAAUUUUGGAACACCAACGUUUACACAAAACCGAGAGUUUUAAAGAAAAUUGGAGAACAUAUUGUGUGUUCAAAACAAGAUCUUGUGGUUAUGAGUCUUACAUUAGAAUCAGAACCAGUACCAGAAAUUUCAUGGUUUAAAGAUGGCCAAGAAAUUUCAUCCUCUGAUCAUUAUCUCAUUGAAAACGAUGGCAACACUUACAUAUUAAAGAUAUCUGGAGCUGUAACCACAGAUUCGGCUUCUUACAAAUGUCGCGCUAAAAACAUUCAUGGUUCAGUCGAUGAUGAAGUUCGUGUCGAUGUUAAAACAGCUCCACGAAUUUUAAAACCAUUGACAGAUAUGACAGUAACUGAGCAUGACAAAGAUGUUACUUUAGACGUUAAAGUUGAGGCUUACCCAAAACCAAAAGUAAAGUGGUUCUUGGACGAAAUGGAACUUAGCGAAACAAGAUCUGAAUUUACCAGAGUUGAAUCUGAUGAUGGAGUGCAACUUGUUAUUAAAGAAGUUACAACGGAACUUUCCGGGGUUUAUUCUUGUAAACUAGUUAAUGAAUUGGGUGGAACGGAAACGAGUGCUAAAUUAACAGUGAAUUGUAAACCGAGGAUUAUAAAACAUCUUAAAGAUACAACAGUGGAGGAAGGUGCUACUCUUCAUUUAGAAGUUGAGGUGGAAGCUUGCCCGGAACCAACGGUGAAAUGGUUAAGGAAUGGAAAUGAAGUUUCAGCGGAUGCAAGGAUUAAAAUCAGCAGAGACACCCAACGAAAUGAAACUUAUAAUCUUACAGUUAAUUUAAUCAAAUAUGAAGAAGAAGGAGAGUAUGAAGUUCAAGUUACUAAUUCUUUGGGCACCAUAAGUAGCAAGAGUUUUGUUACUGUUCAGAAAGUAACACAUACAGACGCCGAAGAAGUUAACGAAGAACCCCCAAAAAAACUUAUUGUAGAGGUCAUAGAAGAGGAAGAAAUGACCGCUAAAUACGAUGAUAAAGUAGAAAUCGAAGAAGUAAUUGAAGAACCCAAAGAGGCGCAAGAUACAACUUAUGGUAUUACAGUAAACGAAAUUGAUAACAAAUCCCAACAAGGUGUAGAAGAUGCCGAAGAGGUUAAAACACCAAAACCUAAGCGAUUAAAAUCGGUACAAAUUGAAGAAAUUGAUAUUGUUGAAACGGAACAAUCUAAAAAGGUAAGCACUGAAGAUAUUACCCCAAAACGAAGACAGAGUAAAGUCGCCACAACUGAAGAAGUAGAAAUUGAAGAAAUAGAAAAGCCUCAUGAAAUAUCUGACGUAAAAGACAUUAAAGUUAAAUCUCAAAGAAGCGUUGUAGCUACAACUGAAGAGGCUACUAUACAAGAUAAAGAAGAGUCUCAAGUAAGUGAUGUCAAAGAAAUAAAGGUGAAGCCUCAAGUAAGUGUUGUCGCUACAACCGAGGAAAUUGUUGAAGAACAUACUGAAGAACCCAAAAAAUCGAAAAUGAAAGAUGUUAGUAAUAAACCAAGAAAGAGUAUUGUAGCGACAACCGAAGAAGCAGUCCAAGUAGAACAUGACAUCAAUAAAAGUAGACGAAAAAGUUCAACAACGACCAUUAAAGUUACUGAAAGUCAGAAAGGUAUUAAAUCGGGUGAUGAUGAAUUGGAUGAGGACGUUGAAGAAUUAUUGAAUAGGGCAAAAAGACAAAGAAGUUUAAUCGAAGAUGUUAAAGUUGAAGAAACGGGUCCUCAAGCACUACCCGUGAUUACGGACACAAAUAUGAAAGAUAGAUCUCAAUAUGAAUCUUUGGGAGUUUCUUAUAUGGUGAGAGGUACGGCGAAUCCUCCACCUACAGCUACAUGGACCGUUGAUGGUAAAGUCAUCACACCUAAAUCGCCCAAAUUUACGAUGACUCAAAAAGGUGAAGAGUUUAGGCUUGAUAUUAAAAAGUUAGAACCAUCAGAUGCUGGAGUUUAUCAAUGUGUUUUAAGUAAUCCAGUUGGAGAAGCUAAACAUCAAGCUAAAUUAGAUAUAAUUCCGGAAGGUGAAUUCCGUCGACCUAAAGUUAAAGAAGGCGAAGGUCUUAAAGAUCAAAGUAUAGUGAAGAAAAAUACAGCUACAAUGAAAGCUAUAAUUAUCGGUGAUCCAGUUCCGGAUGUUACCUGGUAUUUCAAUGGAAAAGAAAUGACUGCUGAUGAAUUUGAGAAGUACAAAAUCAUUUUGGAAUCAGAAGAUCGCGAAAUUGAGGAUGAUUUGAAAGAGUGCACUUACAGUUUAACUAUUCCGAGAUGUGAACGAGAAAAUGGUGGAACUUACACAAUUAAAGCUAAAAAUAAAUGGGGUGUAAUUGAAAGUAGUGGUGUUCUAAAUGUUAUUCUUCGCCCUGAAAUUAAAGGGCCCGAAGAUAUUAAAGUUGUACCAGGAUUUUCUGCUGAAUUUAAAACAGUUAUUCAAUCAAAUCCUAUUCCAUCUGUUAUUUGGACGCGCAAUGAUAAUGUUGUAGAACCAACUGAAGAUAUUGAAAUCAUUGAAGAUGUUGCCAACGAAGUUUACAUCCUUCGAUUUAAAACGGUAAAAUUAGGCGAUGAAGGGUACUAUAAAGUUAUUGCCAAAAACAAUUUGGGCGAAGAUAGUUCUGAAGGUCGACUUAAAGUUGUCAAAGAGAUGGAACCAACUUCGGAAAGACCGAAAUUCAUUACUGGUUUAAAUGACGGUCAAGUUGAACAUGGUGGCGAAAUUACUUUAAUGGUUAGAGCCGAUGGUCUCCCAAGACCAACUAUAACUUGGUUCUUAAACGAUAAAGUUAUUGAAGAAGGAUCCGCCUUGGGAGAAAUGAAAAUAGUUGCCAACACUGAGUCCCAAGUCAGUAGUUAUUUAACAAUUACAGAUUUUGGAGAAAAAGAUGCGGGAAUUUACAAAGUAACAGCUGUUAACGUUGUGGGCGAUGUUGAAACACACGCUGUAAUACACAUGACGCAAACACCACCAUCUUUCUCAUUACGAUUAAUUAGAAAUCUUGAUGUUAAUGAAGGUGAACCAUUAACUUUGAAAGCCAAAGUAACAGGAAGCCCAAAACCAACUAUGAAAUGGUAUAAAGAUGGAGAAGAAAUCUCCCCAGAAAACGAAAGAAUCAAAACCGAACUCCUUCCAGAUGGAAAUAUCAGGCUACACAUUGAUAAAAUCACUCCAGCUGAUAGUGGAGCUUACAAAAUUGUCGUAAAAAAUGUCAACGGUGAAUCCGCAGCUUUAUGUGCAGUCGCUGUAACUCCAAACCCUCAGAGGCCCAAAUUCACAAAAUGCAUUAAAGACCAAAAAUUAACCAUUGGCGAACCUUUAAGAUUAGAAGCGAUGGUUUCUGCUUAUCCUCCACCUGAAAUUAAAUGGUUAAAAGAUGGUCUUCCAGUUAGACCUUCAUCAAAUAUCCAUCUUGAACACCACCCGGAUGGAAAAAUUGCUUUGGUUGUCGAUGCCGUUAAACCUGAAAAUGCAGGAAAAUACACUCUGAUUGUCUCGAAUAAAUUAGGAGAUGUAACUGGAGAGGCUAAUGUUGAAACUGAAAGAAGACCAACGAGACCAGAAUUUAUAACCAGACUUGUACCUCAAGAAGUAGUUGAAGGAUUCCCUGUUAAAUUUGAAGUUAAAGCAAGCGGAUUUCCUCAACCUAAAAUCUCCUGGGUUAGAAACGGUGCUGAAAUCGUUCCCGAUGGAAAGCACGUUAAACUUACCGAUUUACCCGAUGGCACAAGCAUCUUGGUGCUUGAAGCAUGCCAUCAAGAUCAAGACGCUCUCACUUAUAGAGCAAUUGCUUCUAACGAAGCUGGUGAAGCGGAAACGUAUGCUCCAUUAACUGUUAAACCAGCCACCAAACAAGACCAACCGGAAGAAAGACCCUUAUUCUUACACCAAUUGAAAGAUGUUAUUACUGAUGAGGGAGAACAAUUAAAAUUAGAAGUUCCAUUUACAGCCAAUCCCAUUCCUAGCGUUGCGUGGACUAAAGAUGAUCAACCAAUCGUGCCUUCAGAUAGAAUCAUGUUAACCUGCGAUGGAAGAAAAGUUGGUUUGGUGAUUGAUAAAGCGAUUCCAUCUGAUGCUGGUCACUACGCCGUUACUCUUUCAAAUCCCCUUGGUAAAGAUACAACAUCUGGAAAAGCAACCGUUCAUAAAGUGUUUGCACCACCUAAAUUUACACAAAGAUUUACUGAUUUACAACAACUUCCUACAAGAGACGCAAAAUUCAUCGCAAGAGUAUCAGGUGUACCAUAUCCUGAGGUGCAAUGGUUUAAAGAUGAUAAACCUCUCCACGAAACAGAUAAGUAUCGCAUUAAAAGAGAUGGAGAUGUUUGUUGUUUGUACGUAAACAAUUCCACAAUUGAAGAUGGAGGAAUUUACAAAGCUGUAGCAACCAAUAAAGAAGGACAAGAUAUUUGCGAAGCUAAAUUAGAAGUCGUCAAAGAAAUUAAAACACCACAGAAAGUUGAAGCACCAUACUUUAUGAAGCGCCUUGGUGAUACUGAAUUGUACAAAGGUAUGACUGCCAAAUUUACAGCUUGUGCAGCGGGAACACCAGAACCAUCUGUGCAAUGGUACAGAAACGAUGAAAAAUUAUUCCCGUCUGAUAGAAUUCGCAUGGUUGAAACAUCUGGACUGCUUAGAUUAACAAUUGCUGGCGUGGAUCAAGAUGAUUUAGGAAAAUAUUCUUGCAAAAUCUUUAAUGAACACGGAGAAGACAUUUGCCAUGCUCAAUUAAGAUUUGAUGAAAUGGACGCUCGACCAAAACGCCCAAUGACUGACCAAUACACUGAUUACGAUAAAUACAAGAAAAGUGGGGCUCCCAUACCGUUAUCGGAUGCACCAAUUAUUUCUCGCAUGACAGACAGAAGAUGUACUAUAUCUUGGAAACCAUCUAUUCCAUCAGGACCAAGAGCACCUGUUACUUAUCAAUUAGAAAUGUUGGAAUUACCACAUGGAGAUUGGUUUACAGUUCGUUCCGGUAUCAGAGGAUGUGUUUGCGAUGUUGGCAACUUGGAACCAUUUAGAGAUUACAAAUUUAGAAUACGCGUUGAAAAUAAAUACGGAAUAAGCGACCCUUCGCCGUUUGCUUUAACACAUAGACAGAAAUUAGAACCUGAACCACCUAAAUUCAUGCCAUAUCUUCCUCCAGGAAUCGAUUUCCGUCCAGAUACCUCUCCCUAUUUCCCCAAAGACUUCGAUAUCGAUCGACCUCCCCACGAUAACAUGGCACAACCACCUCGUUUCUUAAGAAGAGAACACGACACCUCUUAUGGGGUGAAAGAUCAAAACACCAACAUGUUCUGGUUCGUUUACGGUUAUCCAAAACCUAAAAUGACGUAUUAUUUCAAUGAUAUUCCCAUUGAAAGUGGUGGAAGAUUCGAUAUGAGCUACACCAGAAAUGGGCAAGCAACCUUAUUUAUAAACAAAAUGUUAGAGAGAGAUGUAGGAUGGUACGAAGCAGUCGCUAUAAAUGAGCAUGGCGAAGCUAGGCAAAGAAUAAGAUUAGAAAUCGCCGAGCUUCCAAUGUUUAUUCAAAGACCAGAUAUUGAGUAUGUUAUGAUGAGAGGAAAAGCUAAGUUUUGUUGUAGAAUUGUUGGAGUACCAUACCCAGAAGUUAAAUGGUAUAAAGACUGGAAGCCAUUAGCUACAUCCUCAAGAACAAAAAUUCAAUAUUUAGAACCUGACACACAUAUCCUUAUCAUUAACGACGCAAUCUUAAAAGAUGAAGGUUUAUACUCUGUAAGCGCAAGAAAUGUUGCUGGAACCAUUUCAAGCAGUGCUAUGCUUCAUGUCGAAGAAAACGACUUAGAAUUUAACAUUAGAACAUAUAAUAACUUAUCACCAAUUAAAGCUAAACGCACUCCAUUCGAUCAUGGUUACGAUUUGGGCGAUGAAUUGGGCAGAGGUACUCAAGGAAUCACAUACCACGCUGUUGAACGUUUGAAUGGCAGAAAUUACGCCGCUAAAUUAAUGCAUGGACGGGGAGAUUUGAGACCGUUUAUGUACAACGAGUUGGACGUGAUGAAUCAAUUGCGUCAUCGCAAACUGGUAUCAUUGCACGAUGCUUACGAAACUGAUGAUUCUCUGACGUUGGUUAUGGAACUUUGUGGUGGUGGUGAGCUGGUUAAGGAUUACUUAUUGAAGAGAGACUAUUACACUGAAAGUGAAAUUGCUGGAUAUGUUCGACAAAUGUUAGAAGGAUUGGAAUAUAUGCAUGAAAAAGGAUUUGGACACAUGGGUCUUAAUAUUGGAGAUCUUUUGUUGUCUCAUCCUGGAAGCGAUAGUUUGAAAAUCACGGACUUUGGAUUAAGCAGGAGAAUAAGCAUGGGAAGAUUGAUGCCGUUGAAAUAUGGUGUUCCUGAAUACGUUUCGCCGGAAUGUGCUAAAGGUGAAGGAACUGGUCUGCCUCAUGAUAUGUGGAGUAUUGGUAUCAUCACAUACAUUUUGUUAUCUGGUAUAUCUCCGUUCCGUGGAGAAAGAGACAAAGAAACUUUGAUUAAGAUCCAAGAAGGAAAAUGGGAGUUUGAAGAGAGUUGGUGGAAACAUAUGAGUUUUGAAGCGAGAGAUUUUAUCACUAAACUUUUGGUUUACCAAGCUGAAGGUAGAAUGGACGUACACACCGCUUUACGUCAUCCAUGGUUGGAAAGAUGCGAUAAGUUAUGGCAAGAUGAGUACCAAAUUUCUACUAAAUAUCUCAGAGAUUACUUCGUUUUCUAUAGAGAAUGGUACGAUAAUGCUUCUUGUAAAAAUAUUUAUAGAAGAAGACCUUUAGAAGGAGCAUUUACGCAUCCUUCUCGCAUGGUUUAUCCACCGGGAGAAAGAUACACCCCUCCUCCAUCAUUACCCCAACCCGAACCAACACCCAGAAAACCUGCAACAUGGGAAGAUCAAAUUCCCAGUAGGUCACCACUUAACUAUGAAAUUGGCGCUUUUAAAUCUGAGAGUCAUUAUCAAAGUGGACCUGAUACAUAUCUUCUUCAAUUACGCGAUGUUGAUUUCCCAGUAAGAAUUCGUGAAUACAUGAAAGUUGCUGCAAGCAGAGGACCGGGAGCUGGACUUAUUGUUUCGGACGAUAAUGGCUAUGAUUGGAGGGCGCCUUCAAUCCGAGAACGCAGAAGAUUUACCGAUAUCAUGGACGAAGAAAUUGACGAUGAACGUAAAGCAAGAAUUCAAAAGUAUGGAGCUGGAGAUACUGGUUAUAGUAUAAGGAGGUUACGUCACGAAAUCGGUGCAAGAUUAGAUACAUAUGCGGAAGCUGAAGCUUUCUUAGAGAGUAGACACGAAGGUCGAUUACCAUUCUUUAGAGAGAAACCUGAUAUGGCUGCGAUGCAAGAAGGAAAAGAUUUAGAAAUGUCUUGUUAUGCUGUUGGUGACCCAACACCAAUUGUGCAAUGGUUCAAAAAUGAUGCAAUCAUCGCAGAUUCUCAUAGAAUUAAAAUAGAAACCGAUUCUGAUGGAAGAUCUCAUAUCAAAUUUUGCCCAGCUUUAAGCUUUGAUUUAGGAACCUAUAAAGUUGUAGCAAGGAAUAAAAUUGGGCAAACCGUAGUAAGAACACGAAUAGUUUUGGGCUUGGUUCCCGAUGAACCCGAUUCUCCAGAAGUAACCCAAACAUCCGACACUGAGGCCCUUUUAAUUUGGAAACAACCCAAAUUUGACGGACACGCUCCUGUCCAAUGCUACAGCUUGCAAUAUAAAUUAGCCAACGAUACCGAAUGGACGGAACAAGCUUAUAAUAUUGAUCAUGAAUUUUAUUUAAUGACCGGUUUAAAACCAGGUGAAAGUUAUAUCUUUAGAUUAUCUGCAAAGAAUAGUAUCGGGUGGAGUGAACCAGGUGUCGCUUCGCAAGUUGUAAUUACUAAGCCGGCGGGAGCCCCUAAGAUUCAAUUAAGCAAAGCCAUGAUGCAUCUACAGAACUACACGGACAGUGGUCAGCCGCCCCAGGUCGACCCUAACUCUAGGCCGAAUUAUAGCUUCGAAACGAAUCCGGUGGAUUGGAUCCAGGGCAACGCGCAAGAACGUUACGAGUUCAUUUCAGAAAUAUCACGGGGCCGCUUCUCAGCAGUUCUGAAGGCUGUCGAUAAGCGCACCGACACUAUCGUCGUGGCGAAGGUAAUGGACCUCGGAGCCAAUGCGACAGAAGUCGAUGGAGAAUUUGCCGCUUUGCGUUCGCUACGGCACGAGAGGAUCGCCGGAUUGUUGGAAGCUUACCGCACCAACGAUGUGGCUGUUUUCAUACAGGAGAAACUCCAAGGGGCUGAUGUUUUGACAUACUUGGCGAGCAGGCACGAGUACACUGAACAAACCGUAGCCACCAUUGUCACACAGACACUUGAUGGAUUACAAUAUCUUCACUGGAGAGGACUUUGCCACUUAGAUCUUCAACCCGAUAAUGUUGUAAUGUCUGGAAUGAGAACGGUACAAGUCAAACUCGUUGAUUUCGGUUGUGCACAUCGCGUAACAAAAUUAGGAAAUAAAGUACCAAUUGUAGGACAUCAAGAUUAUAUGGCUCCUGAAGUGUUAGCUGAAGAACCAGCUUUCCCAUUAACAGAUAUUUGGUCUCUUGGCGUACUCAUGUAUGUUAUGUUAUCUGGAACGUUACCUUUCAAAGGCGAGGACCUAAAUGAAACCAAACAAAACAUCUUAUUUGUAAGAUACAGAUUUGAAAAUUUGUACCAAGAAGUAUCACAAGAAGGUGUUAGAUUUUUGAUGUUAGUCUUUAAACGUCAUCCAAAUAAACGACCAACUGCUGAAGAAUGUCACGAAAACAGAUGGUUACUACCAACUGAUUUUAUGAUUAAGAAACGUGAAAGGGCUGUAUUUUUGGGUAAUCGAUUGAAGGAGUACUGCGAGCAGUAUCAUGCGGAAAAAGCCGCAGCGAUUGUUAAUGGAAGUGUUGGAAGUAUUGCUAAAGGAAUGGGAAGAUCGCAUAGCAUCACAGAUGAACUUUUAGCAGCACCAUAAAGAAAAACCAUAAUUUUUUUGGGCGGUGUUUGUAAAUAUUGUUAAUAUCUCACGUUACUAUGUACCAUAUUAUUUAUUCAUUGUUUUAAUCUGUUAAUUUCUUUUUGAUUAUUAGCAUCAUUUUGGAAAUAUCGAGGUUGGUCGAUUUAUAAAUUUAACUAUUUUAAUUAGAGGGAUGCGUUGAACACAGAUGAUACGUGUGAAAAUCUUCAAUAAAAUAUGCUAUAAAACUA